UUUGUCAACGUCUCCCAAGAGAGGAGAGGCUGUCUUUAAAGAGACAAGGAGACCACUCAAGAAGGAGUUUGUGCCUGGACCCAAGGAGAGGGCGACACAGACAAUCAUGCCUGAGCCAGCGAAAGCGGCAGGUAAAAAGGGGGUAGCAGCCCCAAAGCAAGCUGCUAAGCCAGCAGCAAAAGAGGCCCCAGCACCACCGCCACCAGAAGCACCUCAGGACGCCCUGGAUGGGGAAUUGCCACCAGACGAUACCAAUCCUGAAGAUCGUACUCCUGAACUAACAGGGCUGUUUAUAAUAAAGCCAGACAAUGUCACAAUAGAAGCAGGUAAAGACAUUGUUUUACUAGCUAGUGUUGAUUCCAGUCAGCUGACCGUGAAACCCAAUAUUAAAUGGUUCAAAGGGAAAUGGUUGGAACUGGGAGCCAAGAGUGGAGCACGGUUCCAGUUCAAGGAAACGUUUGACAAAGAGAAGAAGGUGUACAAUUUUGAACUGAGGAUUAACAAAGCAACGGUAGCAGACAAUGGCGGCUACAGGUGUGAAGUCAUCUCCAAAGACAAGUGUGACAGCAGCAUGUUCAAUAUUGAAGUGGAAGCGGCUGGUAAAGAGGAUGGAAACCUUUUGCAUUCUUUCAAACGAGUUGGGGGAGAAGGAAAGAAAGAUGAAGAUGCUGGGGAGCUUGACUUCAGUGGUUUGCUUAAAAAAAGAGUGGAAGAUAAGCAGAAGGAACAGAAGAAAAAAAAGGAUGAUGAUGACUGUGGCAUUCCUCCAGAUGUCUGGGAACUUCUGAAGAACGCCAAGCCAAGUGAUUUUGAACGCAUUGCCUUUGAACACGGCAUCACUGACCUUCGAGGCAUGCUUAAACGUCUCAAGAAGGUGAAAAAGGAAGUGAAAAAGAGUGAAGCAUUUGGAAAGAAAUUGGAUCCUUGCUACUCAGUAGACAAAGGCAAUAAAAUUAAAAUGCAAGUGGAAGUCACCAAUCCCGAUGUUCAAAUCAAGUGGUUCAAGAAUGGGCAAGAAAUAAAACCCAGUGCUAAGUUUGUAUUUGAAAACAUUGGCCUUAGAAGAGUCCUGACCAUCAAUAAAUGCACUUUGGCAGAUGAUGCAGCAUACGAGUGUAUUAUUGGUGAUGAGAAAUGCUACACUGAACUCUUUGUUAAAGAACCACCUGUUUUAAUUACCAAGCCACUGGAUGACACACAAGCAUUUGUCGGAGACAAAGUUGAAUUAGAAGUUGAGGUUUCAGAGGAAGGGGCACAAGUAAUUUGGAUGAAAGAUGGAACUGAGUUGACUCGUGAGGAGACCUUCAAGUACCGCUUCAAAAAGGAUGGCAAAAAACACAUUUUGAUCAUUAAUGAAGCAACAUUAGAGGAUACUGGACGCUAUCAAGUUAUGACUAAUGGUGGAAAGUGCGAGGCUGAUCUUCAAGUUGAAGAGAAACAACUAGAGGUGCUCCAGGGCAUUGCUGACCUGACAGUGAAAGCAACAGACCAAGCUGUAUUUAAAUGCGAGGUGUCUGAUGAAAAAGUGACUGGCAAGUGGUAUAAGAAUGGAGUGGAGAUUAAACCCAGCAAACGCAUCACAAUGACACACAAGGGCAGGAUUCACAAAUUAGUUAUUGAUGAUGUGAGACCAGAAGAUGAAGCAGAUUAUACAUUUAUCCCAGAUGGAUAUGCCUUGACUCUCUCUGCUAAACUCAACUUCUUAGAGAUCAAAAUUGUCUAUGUACCAAAACAAGAACCCCCCAGGAUCCAUCUUGAUUGUUCCGGUGGCCAACACGUCAACACCAUUGUUGUUGUAGCUGGAAACAAGUUACGGUUUGAUGUGCCAAUUACUGGCGAGCCAGCACCAACUGUAGCAUGGUUCAGGGGAAAUGCGGAGUUCAACGAGCUUGAGGGGCGAGUGCAUGUUGAGAUCAGAAACGAGAUGAGCAGCUUUAUUAUUGAAGGUGCAGAAAGGGCAGAUGAAGGAAGUUAUAACAUUGUGGUGACCAACCCUGUUGGAGAGGAUAAGGCCACUCUGAUCGUUAAAGUUGUAGAUGUUCCCGAUCCCCCAGAAAACGUUCGUAUCACAAGUGUUGGUGAGGACUGGGCUCAUGUUAUUUGGGAUCCCCCACUAUAUGAUGGAGGACAGGCAGUAACAGGUUAUCUUAUUGAAAGGAAAAAGAAGGGCAGCCAGCGCUGGAUGAAGAUGAAUUUUGAAGUCUUUACUGGCACUGAAUACGAGUCAGUAAAAAUGAUUGAAGGGGUCUUGUAUGAGAUUAGAGUCUUUGCUGUCAAUACCAUUGGCAUCUCUCAACAAGCCAAUACCUCCAAACCAUUCAUGCCAAUAGCUCCUACAAGUGAACCUCUACAUAUGACGGUUGAGGAUGUGACAGAUACCACCUGCACUCUGAAAUGGAGGCCACCCGAUCGUAUUGGCGCUGGAGGAAUUGAUGGCUAUCUGAUUGAGUACUGCAGAGAGGGCUCUGAUGAAUGGAUUCCGUCCAAUAAAGAGCCUGUAGAAAGAUGUGGCUUCACUGUGAAAGAUCUCCCUACUGGAGAAAAAGUCUCAUUCCGAGUGCGUGCUGUGAAUAUCGCUGGACUUAGUGAGCCGGCCGUCUUGGCCCAACCAGUUACAAUACGGGAAAUUGUGCAGCAACCCAAGAUUCGCUUACCCCGCCAUCUCAGACAGACGUUCAUUAAAAAAGUAGGGGAACAAGUCAACCUAGUUAUUCCCUUCCAGGGAAAACCAAGGCCAGUGGUGACAUGGGCAAAAGAGGACAAGCCUUUGGACCCUAAACAAGUCAGUAUCAGAACCUCAGAAGUGGACUCCAUUCUUUUCAUCAGAUCUGCAGAAAGGGCUCACUCAGGAAAAUAUGUACUCUCUGUGAAGAUUGAAAACAUGGAAGAUUCCGCAUCAAUAAACAUUCGCAUUGUGGAAAAACCAGGUCCGGCUCAGGUAGUUACAGUCAAGGAAGUCUGGGGCUUCAAUACCUUGCUGGAAUGGCAACCUCCCAAAGAUAAUGGAAACUCAGAAAUCACAGGCUACACCAUACAGAAAGCAGACAAGAAGACAAUGGAAUGGUUCACUGUCUAUGAGCACAACCGCCAGACCCGCUGCACUAUCUCUGACCUCAUCAUGGGGAACGAAUACUACUUUAGGGUGUACAGUGAGAAUAUCUGUGGCCUAAGUGAGACCCCCGGUGUCUCCAAGAACACAGCAUAUAUUCAGAAAACAGGACUUGUCUACAAACCUGUGGACUACAAAGAACAUGACUACAGCUUUGCUCCUAAGUUCCUCACCCCUCUGAUAGACCGCACUGUUGUGGCCGGGUACAGUACAGCCUUGAAUUGUGCUGUAAGGGGUCAUCCAAAGCCUAAAGUUAUCUGGAUGAAAAAUAAAGUAGAAAUUAGAGAUGAUCCCAAAUUCCUCAUGAAACAUAACCAAGGAGUCCUUACCCUGAAUAUCCGGAAGCCAAGCCCCUUUGAUGGUGGAACCUACACCUGCAAGGCCGUCAAUGAAUUGGGAGAAGCCGAGGUGGUCUGCAAGCUGGAAGUCAGAGUUCCCCAGUAACCAAGCCUGUGUUGAAAUGAAUGGAAAGUGGCACAUUACAGGUUUUGGAUGAGUUGGCUGCAGUUUGACUCCAUCAGGACAUCAAUGGAAAUGGGACUUGUCUCCACCCUUCUGUGUUGUAUGUGAAUUCUGCUUCACCCACCGUGCAUCUUUGUGCAUUUGUAGACUUGGGCACAUGAGCGACUAUUGUGGCAACUCGUUGAGUGUCUCCUUUUUCUGUUUGUUGUAACUCAGAUGUUGUUGAAAAAAUAUAGCUAAGUGCAAACAUGCUGUUCACAUAGUAGGAUCAUGGAAUGAUCAUAGCCCCGCUUGCUAGUAACAGUGAUACUGGUUUAAUAUUGGGAUCUCAAGACACUUUUCAUUAAAACGCUUUUUAGGCCUAUGCUGCUCUUAUAGGAGGCAAUUUAUGAACAUAGGUGCAUCUACCCUUAGCAACCAAUGAUAUCUCUGCUUUUAUUUCGUAACUUGUAGUAGACUGCUUAAAGCUAAUUGUUGGUUGGUUGGUUGCUACUUGCAACUGUGAUGUGUUUAUCAUCAUUAUCUUCAUUAUCUUUACAUAAAGAGCGAGUGUCUUCUGUUAUUGUGCAUCAUAUACUCACUUGUUGUAAUAGAACUGGGGGGGGGGGGGGGGUUACCAGAAGCAUAUGAAUGUACUUCAUAGAUGGUCUAAUAAGGCAAAAUGUAUAGCAGAAAGUAGUCACCAAAAAGAAAUGUAAAAUAAAAUGGCUGCAUUGGCUACAAACUUAAUUAUAAUCAGCUUUAUAAAUAGUGCUCUAUAUUGUGGCCUUUAAAGAAGUCAUAACCAAGAACAGGGGAGUUGGACAUGGAGCUCUUGUUGACAUGGACUCCAGGCCAGCUAUGGACCUCCACAAAAUGCCAGAGAGCUUAGUAGACUACAUUGAUGACACAUGAUUGAAAAUCAUUGAAUAUAGUAUGUCCUGCCACAUGGAAUGAAUUGGACAGCCCUAGCCUCCAUCAAGAAUAGUGCCGUAGUUGGACAUGGAGAUCUUGUCGACCUGGAGUCCAGCUGAGUAGAGCUAACAUUCUCUCUUCAGUUAAUUUGUCUGGACUAUUCAGCUGAAGGCCCUGUGACCAGCCAUAGACCUCCACAAAAUGUUGAUGGCCUUCAGCUUGUCAGAGAGCUCAUAUUGAUGACAUAUUGUUAGAUAUCCCUGAAUAUAGAUGUCCUGCCACAGGGAAUGAGUUAGACAGCCCUGGCCUUCAUCAACAACCCCCUGAGCCAGAAUAGUGCAGUAGAAUGGCCGGUGCCUGUAUCACUAUGACACAGAUGGUCUUGCACGUGUUGAUAAGAGAUUGAUCACUGAUAAUUGGAAUCACCACCUCUGAUAGUAAAAUGUACGACUCACAAAGGACAUUCAAUGAACGGGUUAGAAGUGUAAUUUAUAAUUUAUAAUGUAACUCUUUCAAUGGGGAGUCUGCAGAGUGUGUUCUUAAUUAGAAUCCAUUUGCAUAUUGUGAAUAUAUUUGUAUAACAUUAGCAGAGUAUUGGUGACUGGUGGCAUGUUAAAGUGAUGAUUGUCAGCCAUCCAAUGGGCUAGCGCCAUUCAUGUUCUCAAGCACAUGUUUAGAAGCUUGCUGCUUGCCAUUGUUAUACACGGCCUCAGUAAUCCUUCUGUCUUUACUUUUAUUGUCCUAGAGAUUUAUCACUUAAUAUCAGAGCUAGUUUCAUUCGCAGCCUGCACUGCUCGCUGGGACUUUUUUUUUCUGGAGCCGUAUUACUCAUCUGAAAUGUAUGCUGCAAUGCUAUCAAUGUCUGUCAAUAAAACCUCAUCCGGA